GUCACAAACGUGCUUCACUCUCGCCAGUGAUUCGAGCAGGACGAGCAAGAUAGACAAGCAAGCCGUGAGAAAUCUCCAAGGAUGGCCACCGACACCUCGAGCAACUUGGACUAUUCGAGUAAUCAGGACUACCCAACCCCUGAACCGUCAUCCCCGCCGCCAGUGCCAGCACAGAGAGGAAUUGAAGAAUUACUCGGGUUCCCUGAGUUCCCCUCAGUCCGCCAUGGGUCACGGAUAAGAGUCGACGGAGCAUUUGUUCAGUUCCUGAUCGACUAUGCUGCGAACGACCCGGAAUGCCCGCCCCAGUUCAAGGCCUUCCUCGAGGAGGUCGUUCUCAAGCCGGGCACCCCAGACCUCAGACCUAGUGUUGAAACGCACCUCCGAAAUCCACAGAUCAAAAACUAUGGGCUUGGUCCAAACUUUGUCCGCGAGUUUGAGAAGUAUGAAAUCUACGACCAGGUAUUUCCUCAGGCAGAGGACCAAGAUGUCUUGCCAUUUACACCAAUCCCUGAGGGGUACCAGCCCAGGGCGACCUUGGAUUUAGGACCGCAGAUGGAAACUAUCCUUCAACCACCUGAGGGUAUGGACUCGAUCUUGGGUGAUGAUACCGAGGAUUUCUCCGAUUUCUCCGGGCUGAACACCGAAGGGGCAUUCUCUGACAUGGAGGAAGCCCGUCUCGAUACCGUUAUCAAGUUUCUCGCCGAGGAGGAUGUGGAUCGUUGCAUGGGCUGGGAACCCAAGUUUGAGGAGAUCGUUUCCUACCUGGAGUGGCUCGAUCUCGAAGACGACAGAUCCCAACUGUUCCUCGCCAGCCCACAGACGCAAGCCAUGUUCAACGAUGCAGUCACCAAGGCAAAGGCCCAUGUCCUCUUCGAGAAACACCACUAUGACCCCACGCCCCUGGAGUUUACAAAACCGCCAAAGAGCCCGUUCAGGUCGACACGGCUCAGCUGGAUGGUCAACGCACGGGACUGGCCUCUCCCGCCUCACAAUCCACCACCACCCCCAGACCGCAGCAACCUCCUUCCCAGGCCCAUCCUCCCACACACCCCGGGCCCCGUCAACAGUAUGCUCGUCGACCAACCCGAAAACAGCCUCCUCCACGGCAAACUAGCCGAAGACCAGAGAGAGUGGUGGGCGCGCAUAAUCGACGAACGACUUGACACCAUCCCCCCCGGGGCCGAAGACGUGAUGGAGAGACUCAACCUAGGCUACAUCGAAGACCACGCCUUCGCCACCUUCUCCCGGCAAGGCACCAACACGGGAACCUGGGUCACCACCGACGCCACCGGCGCCACCAUCCUCCCCAACGACAAGAAAGUCCGCCCCGGCAUCCCCCUCGACUGGGUGCAAGAGCGCGCCGCCCGCCGCGCCGCCCUCCAACAAACCCUCCACGCCCUACCCACCACCCCCCCAACACCCACACCCACAACCACCACCACCACCACCCGCUCCCACUCCCGCCUCAUCUUCCCCACCCCCGCAGCCGUCCUCCGCCAAACCUGCACCCUCGCCGACCAGCCCGCCUGGACACCCCCGCAGCUCCCCGCGUCCCAACUCCCCCCCGACCUCGAAACCAUGCCGCACACGGUAGCCUACCGCGCGCGGCUGGCCUCGCUCAAGAAGCGCCGCGAGCUGGCGCGGAUGCGCGUCGAGGAGGAGCACGAGGCCGACACCAGUUGGGCGGCGCUGCCGCGCAAUGUGGUGAGUGGCGGGCCGUUUGUGUGGCGUAUACUGGAUGCGGAGGGGCAGAAGGAUGAGGAUUUGUUGAGGGGGUGUUGGGUCGCGGUGGAGGUGUUAAGGGCGGCGGCGAGGAGGGAGCCGAGGGGGUUGGUGGAGGGGGUGGUUGGGCUGGUGGAGAGGGGGGUGGGUGGGGAGUUUGUGAAUGGGCCGCCGGAAGGGGUGGUGGUUCUCGCGGGGGAUGAGUGGGAGGUGGUGGGUGGGGAGAGGGUGCCGAGGUUGCUUGAGCUGGAGGAGGUGGAGUGGUUGAAGUUUUUGGGUGGGCAGUGUGUGAGUGGUGGGAACUGGGAGAGGCGUGCCAUGCCGGAUACGCCGAAGGAUAAGUAUAGGCUGUUUCAGCUGUUUGCUACAAAGGUGAAGAAGUUGCUGGAUGAUAGGAACCCGCAGGGGCUGUUCAGCUCGCAUAACGCCAAUGUUGGGGUUGAGGACCUGCUGAAGGUUAUCAACGCCGGGAAGGACAGCAGCGCGGUUACCAAGCAGGAGGUUAAGCCGCACGAUGCUUGCAAGUGGCUCGACAGGAUGAAGCAGAAUGGGCUUCUGAGAUUCCACCUCGACCCAACCUGCUACGGCAUCGUCAGACGCCCCGUCUCCAACUUCUUCCCCGAGCACCGCGUAGUCUGGCCAGCACCCACCGACAGCCGCGAGCGGCCCAGCCUCCAGGUUGGCUACGUCGCCGACUGGGACCGCAUCAUCAGCGGGGGCGAGGCACCCGACAUCAGCGAGGGCAGCACCAUCUGGAACUUCUUCAUGUCUCUCGCCUUCCGUCUCGGCUACACCAUCUCCAUACUGGAAAGAGACCGCCAAACCCAACAAGCCGUGCCCGCGCGCCAACUCCGCGACUCCAUCCGCGCCUGGACACGAACCUGCGCGCGCCUCGAACACCCUCCCACCCCCACCACCCCUGGCGAAACCACCACCGGUGAAACCACCACCACAGCCCCAACCGAACCCCCCCUAACUCCAACCACCAUGUCAACCCCCGAACCCACCGCGCGCGAGCUCAGCUUGCUCCGCACCCACCUCAUCAACGAACUGCACGCCAACGCCAGCAUGCUAGCCCCCGGCCGCGAGCAGCACUAUUUCGACGCGACCGGCGCCCGCCAGACGAUUCUCGUGCGCGACCACAACUGGGACUGGGCCGCCAUACCACCACUCACGGCGGGGGCGGCAGCAAGCAAGGGGGCCAAGCAGACACGCCGGCAGCGGCAGCGUGAGAAGCAACAGAAGAAGCAGAGCCAGAGGCGGCAGUUCUGCGGGCGGUGCGGGGGGGAUGUGUUUGCCGACCCGGCGGUGGGGUAUGAGGCUGGGGCGGAGGAUCGGACGACGGAGGGGCGGUAUCUGCGGCCGAAGCUGCGGCCGUAUCGGGAGGAGAAGGUGGUGUUUAGGGCCGGGCCGGCGGUGUAUCCGGUGGGGGAUACGCGGUUGCAGCGGGAGGUGUUGAGGGAGAGGAUGGUGGGGAUGGUGGAGAGGGCUGCUGGCUUGGAGCCCGAAGAACCUACUUGGGGCGAGGCCCUGGUGGCCAGGUUGAACCCAUUCUCACGCCCUUGGUUGGGCGCUGAGGAUCGGGAGGAGGAGGGCAAGCUGCCACCUGUCAAACCCGGAGCUGUUCCAAAGAGUUGGGACCCCGUUGCCGAGGCUGAGCGGCGGGCUGCCGAGCGGAGAGCUGCCGAGGAGGGGACAGACUCGGGCUAUGAAACACCAGAGGAAGGCGUCGAAGAGGAGGACGAAGUUGAAAGUGUGGAUGUAGCCAUGACUGGCAUGGGCAGGCCAUGGAUAGCGGUAUGAAGGUAGGUGGGAGUGUUAAGGCUGCUCGGGAGGAAGUAACAUGAUGCGGUAUUGGAUCUUGAUUGCAGGUGCCGGCGUUAGUUAUCGUUCCUAUCUUCGGUAUGCCUUCGUAACUCAGAACAAGGGCUUCGUAUUCGUUCAUCAUAGAAAACAACAUGUUGGCUGUCUACCUAGUAUACCAACUAACCAAUCCUCGCCUGUGAGUCCGCCACCCGGCUCCCCCCUGAACGCCGUAACAGUAAACAAUAGCAAAGGCGGUUGCCCGCAAACAUCCCAUGAGCGCCAAUCCAGCCCACAGCGGAAAAGCCCACCCCAAAUGAUCGCUAUGCCAUGCUAAACAUUACUAAACAUUGUCAUCGUGCGCCGACCAU